UAUUAAUUUAAAUAACAAUGUAAUUAUGACAUGGAUAAUCUAAUACAUUUUUAUUUCAAAUUAAAUUAAUAUAAAAAAAUUUUGUUUUUUUUAUAUAGCGUGUAUUUUUUUUCUCUUUCACGGUUUACAUCUUAUAAACUACGGCGAUGGUGUUAUCACAAACUCUUUCGCUCUGCAAGCAUUUAGUCGGAGUAAAGAAUUAGCAAUCCGGUUUUCGGAACAGACAUAUUUGAAUUCAUGGUUAGACCGGGUAUAAAAACGUGUAUUUAUAACAAUAAUGCUACCUCAAGAGCAAUGGCCGUAGAAGAAAGCGGUAAUAGUAUUGUCUCAGUUCGGUUUUUAAAUAAUUGUACUAUGCUUCGAUUUCUUGGCGACAAACAAUAGCAAUAUUUAAGAAAUGUAAGCUGAUAAAAAGCGGAAAAUCGUACAGCACACAAUUACUUGCCGGGCAGGCCGCGACGACGUUUAUAUGCAUUUAACGGAAUUAUACAGAUAUAACAAAUUAUCAAAAAUAAACGGCAAACGAAUUUUCGGGAAGAACACGUUUCGAAAGAGAAAAUAAAGUAACUUCUCGAAAAUAAAAUUGGAAAACGGCACUCGUCUCAGCAUAGCAAUCUCGAGCGAACGCUUGUAGAAUCGAUCGUCUGUUACUAACGCGAUCAAACACAUUUUCAUUUUUUGAACUUGGAGAAUUAUAAUCAGACGGAUUACUGACAAUGAGAUUAAAAGUGUUUAAGUACUUAUGAAUAUUUUAAUAAAUUGUGCUUCAUAAUAAUAUUGAGACAUCAAAUUUAUUCCAAUCCAAUUUACAUAAAAAAAUUAUUAGUAACAUGAUACAUAAUCGUAUCAAAAUUUAUUUAUUAUUAAUAUUUGGACAUUGCUAGCAUCACGUUCAUUAAGAAUUCCUAAAUUAAUUGUGCUUAACGUUCAAGAUUUCAUAGAAAAUCCAAAUAUUGACAUUUACAGAGAUAAAAAAGUUAACGUAGAUAAAAGUUAAUACAUUAAAAAUUUAAAAAUAACUAGUUGAAGUUAAAAGUUAGUGGAUUUAAAAUUAACUAAAAAUUAUUAAAAGUUAUAAACUUUUUAUUUAACUUUUAACAUUUUAUCUAAUUACUACCCAAGUCUGUUUACAACUUUUAAUUGAUAUACUUUAUGCCAGUGACGAAUACUUACAUUUUUACAUCGCAUGCUGGCAAGUUCGCUUUUCCUGCCUGGCUUCUCUACUGCAAUUGUGGCCUGGAAGUAUCUUUGGCUAUAGACGAAAACAUAGAACAGAAACGGAACAAAACAUGAGCGAAUACAUAAGUAAGGGGGAAAAUAAAAAUAACGAGUCAGUCGCUCGCUUCUCAGAUAUCAGGUAUUUUGCUAUAAUAAAUUCUCCGCUUUUCUCUUGCCGUUUACAUUUACAUAAGUCGCGCAAACAUUAACAUUUGGUAAUUAUUUUUUUCUAUCGGUUAUAGCUGAAAGCGAAGUCGAGCUUAGAAAUUCACUUUUAAAGCAAUUAUGUUCCAUUAUACAACUAACUAAAUUGUUCACUGCCACAGAAGGGGAGCUGGCAUCAUUUUUGCUUUUAAUACCCGCGAGCUUCCAAGAAUUAAUGCGACGUGGUGCAAUUACAAUUGAUCGUUGCUGCCUGCGCUUCAGCGUCUUCGCUUCGUUAUUCAGUAUUGUACUUUUACCGUCAUCACGCGAAGCAUACAACUGUUUGCUUUUUAUGCGUUGACGUGACCAUCCAUUUUUACCGUUCGAUAGUUCUGAAAAAGCGAUGAAACGUGCGAGUACUAUUAGCCUUCCGGUCGAGAUCGGUCUUCGUUUCAUCGGCAUGUGGCCGGAAUCGGCUUAUUCGAAUCUCUAUUGGUCCAUGUACAUGACAAUGGUAGCAGUAUCGCAGUAUUAUCAGUAUUCGUACGUUGCCGCGCGUUUUGACAUGAACAAUCUUAUAACUCUAACGGAUUGUCUGGGUCUUGCCCUGGCAAACACACUCGCUUUUCUUAAACUAGUUUGUCUAUUUUGGAAUCGGAGGAUAUUCUUUAAUAUCCUGGCAGCAAUGGAUAGAGAUUGGAGGGAAUGCAUUAUCAACGAUUCUUCCAUCAUGAGGACAGUCGCGGAUCAGUCGCGUCGAUGUUCCCUCGUGCUAAUCGGCAUGAACAUAUUAGCCGGCUUUUUCUUAUCAAUCGGUCUUUACAUAAUUCGAAUGAUGAACAGCAACGUUUCCCGAGAUCUCCCAGUAAAAAUGCAGUUUCCCUUCGCGGCCCUAGAGUCACCGAUUUUCGAGUUCAUCCUUGCCGGACAAAUGUUUUAUAUAAUGUCGAUAGCUUCUGUGGCUGGUAUGAUAAACGCGUUGCUUGCCUCAUUGGUUAUUCACAUGGGUGGUCAGGUUGAUAUCUUGCGGCGAAUGAUAAUGGAAAUGCAUCAUAGCAACGAUGACAGAUCUGUAACUUUAUUCAGUGAUCUCAUUCAUCGACACCAAAAGAUAAUUAAUUUGUCGGACGAUAUCGAAAAUCUAUUUUCGUCCAUUGCUCUGCUCCAACUUCUGUGGAAUACUUUAAUCAUCUGCUGCUCUGGCUUCAUGAUUGUACUUGCUCUCAGUAGUAAAAAAGGCGCAAUUUUAAUAAAGUCGACGUUCCUUUAUCUUGCAAAAACAUUAGAGGUCUUUGUGUUUUGUUACGCAGGGGAGUUCUUAAGCUUCAAGAGUAAAUCGAUUAGCGACGCAGUAUAUGAGUCGCUUUGGUACAACUUGAUGCCAUCCGAUUGUCGAGUUUUAUUGUUCAUAAUGAUGAGAUCGCAAAAGCGGUUGACAAUCACGGCGGGGAAAAUUUUUGAUCUCACUCUGGAUGGAUUUAUGAGCGUCAUGAAAGCUUCUGCGUCGUACAUUGUGUCGUUACAUGCUACGAUGUUGAGAAGUACUAUAAGCCCCUUGUUGAGAAUCGGUCUCGGUUUGAUCGGCAUAUGGCCCGGCGCCUCUUAUGGCACGCUUUGCUGGCUUUUUUACAUGACAACCCUUGUCGUAAUACAAUACUUGCAGUACUCCUACGUCUACGCGCAUCUCGAUUUCUACAAUUUGACCAAACUGAUGGAUGGUCUGGGCCUAACCUUGGAUUACACUCUGACGAUAUUCAAGUUAAUCAGCUUAUGGUUUAAUCGUCGGAUAUUCUCGGAUAUUUUGAUCGCGAUGGACGACGAUUGGAAAGAGUGCGGGACCGAAUUUCAUGAAUGCAUUAUGGUGGACAAGGCAAAUUUGGCGUACCGUUGCUCCAACGUCUUGAUAUCCGUCAACGCUAUCGCUACUUUUCUAUAUUUUAUUGAAAGCUACGCGAGUGAACGUAAGUUAUCUAAGAACGGACAGUUGCGUAAGUUUCCGAUACAGGCACAGUUUCCGUUCGAUGUUCAAGAAACGCCCAUCUACGAGUUCGUCGACGUGGUCUUGUUUUUCCACGUAUUAGAAACUGCGACCGUAAUAGCAAUGCUGAAUGCUUUAAUCUUAACAUUAGUACUUCACGUAAGUGGACAAAUCGAUAUCAUGUGUCAAGAGUUGAAAGAGAUUCGUUCCACGUCUAAAUCUAAUUCGAUAUCUACCAGCUCGCUUGUCGCAAGACAUCAGAAAAUCAUAUCGUUGUCGAAAAACAUCGAAAAUUACUUUUCAUUUGUUGCUUUGUUGCAAUUCGUGUGGAACACUUUUGUUAUUUGCGCCAUUGGAUUCAUGGUAGUGAUAUCUUUGAGUAUGAAUAUAACAAGUAAAUCAGGAAUACUGAUACAAUUUAUUAUUCCAUUCUGCGCAGUAACUAUGGAAGCUUUCGUUUUUUGUUUCGCUGGCGAGUAUUUAAGCACCAAAAGCAAAGCUGUUGGCGAUGCAGCGUAUGAGGCGGUUUGGUACGAUUUGCCUACCAGCGAAUGUCGAAUUUUGUUAUUUGUGAUCCUCAGAUCACAAAAACAACUGACAAUCACUGCUGGUAAAGUCAUGGACUUAACAUUGGAAGAUUUCACCAGUGUCAUGAAAGCUUCUGCCUCGUACAUUUCAGUUUUAAACGCGAUGUAUUGAAGCAUGUAUCAAUUUAUGCUAGCCAUAGUAUAUCCUCAAAUCAUUGCGAGUGAAAUAAUAAUGUACAUUUGUAGAAAAAAACUAAUAGAAACAAAUGAUUAUUAUAAUUUUGUAGUUUUUCUUUUAUUUUCAACAAUCGCUGUUUAUUUAAAAUAUAAUAUAACGGACUCACGAAAAUUACAAAUAAAAGUGAAAAGAAUAAUGGCUAAGCACUGCAAUUGAUGCGCAAAAAUAAAUAAAAAAAUUGUUUAUUUAUAUAAACUUUUUUUAAGGCUUAAGUUGUAAAAUAAGGUUAAUGUAAAUUUUUUGCGAUAAAUUUUGUUGCAAAAUAUUCUAUUCACAAUAAAUGUUUUAUACAUCAAUAUUUAUUUCUUUCAGUGAAACAUAAAUUAGUGUGAAUUUUUUAAAAACACAUUACGUAAUUAAUUAAGAAGCCUAGAAAAUUUAAUAAUAAUAUAAUAAUAAAAAAGUGUAAUUAUACUAUAUGUAAUUACAUAUAGUAUACUUAGUCGCUGCAUAAUCUACUUUGUUUACAAAGUAGAUUUUGGACUGAAAAUUACAAUUCCUACUUGAUUUCUCGGUGUAAAACAAUAUUUUCUUUUUCCGCAAAUGGCAGGAUAAUAUUCAACAAAUUAAUAUUCUAUUAAUAUUACCGAUUACUACGCUAUAUGUCAUUUGUCUCAUUCAAUUGCUCUUUUCAAAUUUAAUUUUUAUAUCUACUUAUAAUAUGUACUUUUUCUAAUGACAAAAGCGUACUUAUUUAUUCUGUACUAAAGAGUCGCGAUUAUGCGUUUUUAUGUUAUUGCGUUUUUCAGGCUAUUCAAUUGAUAUUUUCCACGUAUACCUCUUUUUAAUUACAAGAAAAAACUUGUAAACGCUUGUCAUCGCAAUUCAGUUCAUUAUUUUGUGCCUGUUGUCAUACUGCAAGGUACAUGAUUACAAUUGAUCGAUGCUCACGCUACCUCGUAUUUUUUUUUAGGGUGUAGUUUUGCUCUUUGCGAAAUUACUAACUACGCGCAAGGGGACAGGAAAUGUACUAGAGUUUAAAGACCUCGUUUUCAUGUUUUUCUCGCGGCUCUUCCCCUAACAACCGAUGUAUUUCACCCGAACAAGACGGCGCGAGUGAUUCAACCAAGUGUCGUUUCGAUGUGAACGUUCAAAUCGCUAUGUUGACAAGCACUAUAAGUCCCUUGCUGAAGUUCGGUUUUUGGGUGAUCGGCAAGUGGUCCGAUUCUUCGUGCAAAACAUUCCUCUGGUUUUUUUACAUGAUCACCGUCGUUGUCACUUUCAGCAUUUAUAUUUUUUUACGUAAUUGGCCACAAAUAAUUUCUCUAAGCUAAUUGACAGCCUGAGCGUUACUUUGGAUUACAUUUUCUCAUAUCUGAAGCUACUAAACCUCUGGUAUAAUCGUCGGUAAGAUUGACGAAUACUGACUCUGUCGUGAUUUCGAGACAUUGUGCGGAAGUCAUUGGCUUCAAAAUAUUUUCGUACAUUUUGAACACGAUGAACGACGACUGGAACGACUGCUCCACGGAUUCGCAAGUAUACAUAAUGACGAGCAAGGCCAAUCUUUCGCAUCGAUGCUUCAACGUUAUGCUAGCUCUCAACACUUUGUCAAUCCUUUUUUAUUUCAUCGGUAGUUUCCUGAGUCACCGUACGAUCUUUGAGAACUAAGAUCUUCGGGAACUUCCGAUGCAGGUCCAGUUUUCAUUUGACGCAGCCACGGACUCGCCGAUCUUUUAGCUCAUCGUUCUGGGAUUGUUUCUUCAUAUGUUGAAAACGGCUACCGUGAUUGCACUGCUGAAUUUUUUAAUUUUGACAUUGGUAAGUCAAGGAAAUAAGAACUUUUAAAGUCGUUAGAUGGUCAAUGAAGUAAGCUCAUCAGGCUCAUUGCAUGAGUUCUUUUCGGUCAAAUUAAAUUCUUAAAUCGUCGCGAACGUAUCUCAAUCCUUCAGUUUUCAUUUUGAGGUGCUUCACGUAAGCAGACAAAUCGAUAUCGUGUACCAAGAACUGAGAGAAAUUUUCACCACGCAAAAACCUCAUCUGUCCGCCAUGAGGUCACUCAUCGUGAGGCAUCAGAGGAUUAUAUCUCUGUCGAACAAUAUUGACAAUUUCUUCUCAUUCGUUGCACUAAACUGUUUAUAUGGAACAUUAUAAUGAUCUGUUCCAUAGGAAUCAUGAUGAUGAUAGUGAGUAUGAACGUUUUUUCUACUACAGAAAUUACGCGAUAUGCAAAUAUUUCUUUAAGCUACGUUAUUCGACAUCGUUAUGAUAUUUGUUCAUUUGUUUACUUUGAAACUAAUGAGUCUGCAAAAUAAUAAACUCAAUUUGAUUUUUCCAGAAUAAUUCUAUCGUGAAAAACAGCGAAAGGAGAGGAGAGAAGAGAAAACUCGUGAAAUAAAUGUUUUGUAUUAAUAUCGUUUCUCUCAGAAUAAUGCGUUACCCCAUUUCCUUGACACUGCGAUUACGUUUUUAGGGUGUUACAUGUAGAGCAUAAUACCUUUCCAAUAAUUAAAAGCACGGACGUACACGAGAUAUUACAUUUUACUCGUGAUUAAUCUAACACCAUAUAAUGCAGUCUCUAGGCACGGACGUUGAGGGUAAACCUGAAUUAUUAAUUUAAUCCAUCAUUCCGUAUAUUGCUUUUACAUUAGAAACCUUUGUUUUCUGUUUCGCUGGCGAGUAUCUGAGUAUUAAGGUUAGAUCCCUUUGUUUUUAAGUGGCUUUUGAAUGUGAAUACUUUUCUUUAAUGCCGAUAUAAAAAGUAUUUUUUCUACUAUUCAAGAGCAAAACUGUUAUAUGACUAUGCUUCUUGCAUGCUUGUUUUAUUGCACAUUAAUGUUUUAAUAAACUUUUCUUUUUUCUCAGAGCAAGUUCAUCAGCGAUGCCGCAUACGAGGUUAUUUAGUAUAAUCUACCCAUUAGCAAAUUUUGAAUUUUAUUAUUGAUAAUUUUCAAAUCUCAGAAGCAAUUGACGAUCACGGCUGGGAAAGUUAUUGACCUUUGGAAGGUUUUACAAUUGUAAGAUUUUUAUUAUUAAAAAAUGUCUUCUCCUUUAGUGUGAUGUAUGAUUAAUGCUAUUUAGAUAUGUAGAGAAUUAAUAAUAACAAUAAUAUUAUUAUUAUUAAUAAUGAAACUGGCCGAUUCUUGCGGUUGAAGAUCUUCCUGUGGUACGCAGACCAUUGUGUCUUCCUCUAUCCGUCCGCCGCCUAUGGGAGUUCUGGUUUUCUCCAAAAAAGAUUCAGGUCCCUUACCGGCAGCCUGCAUAUCUGCCCUG